AUGAACGACAGUCGUGGAAUGAAGGGCAAACUUCUACGUCUGAAUCCCUUUUUAGACCGCCAUGGACUUCUUCGAGUCGGUGGCCGCUUAAAAAACUCAUUGAUGCCAUUUGGACAGCAGCAUCCAAUUAUCCUUCCGAAGACCAGAGCCACCACACUCAUAAUUGAGAAUGAACACCUUGCUCAAUUACAUGGAGGUACUCAGGCUACCCUAUACGCGAUUAGACGAAGAUAUUGGCCCAUUGACGGCCGAAACCAGGUAUGGCGAAUCAUAAAGACCUGCACCCGUUGUUGUCGGGCUCGACCACCACCUGUGGCGUACGUCAUGGGAGAUCUACCUGCAGCCAGGGUCACGGAGUCUCGGCCUUUCAGCAGCGUUGGAGUCGAUUACUGCGGCCCGUUCUUCAUUAAAGAACGCAAACACCGGAACCGCAGUAAGAUCAAGGUAUACGUGGCAGUGUUCAUCUGCCUCGCUGUGAAGGCAGUCCAUUUAGAGGUCGUCAGCGAACUAACAACGGAAGCGUUCCUGGCCGCUCUCAGGCGAUUCAUCGCCAGAAGAGGGUUCUGUUCAGACUUGUAUUCAGACAACGGGUCCAAUUUCGUUGGCGCUAACAACGAAUUACACGAACUGCGUUCACUAUUACAAUCCGAUGAUCAUCGCGAGAAGGUCACCACGUUCCUCGCAGAACACUCCAUUAAUUGGAACUUCAUCCCUCCGCUGACGCCCCACUUUGGAGGACUUUGGGAAGCUGCAGUCAAGUCCUUCAAGUAUCAUCUAAAACGUGUGGCAGGCACGGAGCUGUUCACCUUUGAAAACUUCAAUACGUUAAUAAUCGAAAUUGAAUCCGUCCUUAAUUCUCGCCCCCUCACACCAAUCUCAUCAGAUCCAAAUGACCUGCUAGUCCUCACCCCCGGUCACUUCCUGAUCGGGGAUUCCUUAACAAGUUUACGUGAACGAGAUUUCAGAGACAUUCCAUCAAACCGCUUGUCCAGCUGGCAACACGUCCAGAAAGUAAAGCAACAUUUCUGGAAAAGAUGGCAUUGAGAAUACCUCAACGAACUGACCACCCGCACUAAAUGGACAAAGGGGGAUCAUCCGAUAAAAAAGGACACAAUCGUCCUGCUAAGGGAGGAGUUGGUCCCACUCUUGCACUGGCCCCUCGGCAGAGUCAUCAAAGUCCACCCAGGCUCUGAUGGCAUCGUUCGUGCCGUCACGAUUAAGACAGCUACAACCACACUGGACCGGAGCGUUAAACGACUUGUACCCUUACCCAAUCAGGCAGAUCAAGAAGGUCAAACCAACUGAUCAUGCAAAUCAGGAACCCAUAUCAUCACACAUACAUACACUCAACAAAUAGGUAGCAUUUUCAGUCAUUCAAUAUUUAACUUUUGCAUAAUCUCCGGUAAAUCCAGUCCGUCAGAUCAACAUGAUUAAUUAAAUCGUCCAGCAUAAUAUAUUAUACUGUAAUAUACAGGGGCCUUGCCUCCCCCCGCCGCAAUCUGUUGAUUUCACGGCGGUGUUGCCUUAUCAUUUGUUGCCUUUCUCUUCUGUAAGUCUGGGAAAAUAAAUAUUAUGUUAUUAUUCAUAAACAGUGGAUAGACGAAGGAAAUAACGUAGAAACAUGAACGUAAAAAAACGACUUACGAUAUACUCAUCUGGUUGGUAUAAAUCUAAUAGCUGCGACCGCUGAUAAUUUUUGAUCUGCUGUACCUGUGCCGU